CCUCCUCUCAUCUCCUCCCCCGUCACCGACACACGCCGUCGACGCCGACACAAAGCAACCAUGUUCUCCUCUAACGUUCGCAAUCUCGAAGAUGACUCCCCCUAUGGCUGGCCUGGCCGUCAUGACAGGAACAUAAACGAUAUAAAUAGCAAGAUCAUGCUAACGGCGAUCGGGUCAUUGUCGCUGGUGAUCGUCUUAGUCAUCGCCUUACACGUAUAUGCCAGAUGUGUGCUCCGGCGCCAAGCUCGCCGCCGAGCAGCGCUACGUCACCUGGGGUUAACCGUAGCUCAUGCCCGCUCCGGCGAGCAACCCAACAGAGGGCUUGAUCCAACAAUCAUCGCGUUGUUACCGGUAUUUGUUUUCCGGCGCAAGGACGGAGAGGUCGACGACGCCACGUCGGCUACGGAGUGCGCGGUGUGUCUGAGCAUGAUAGAGAACGAAGAGAUGGCGAGGUUGCUUCCGAAUUGUAAGCAUGUUUUUCAUGCCGAGUGUAUCGAUAAGUGGCUGGGAUCGCACUCCACGUGUCCGAUUUGUCGAGCCGAGGCUGAGCCGGCGCCCCUGGUUCAGCCGGAGCGCCGUGAGGCGCCGGCUGGUCCAGCCGGUGGCUUUGCACCCACGGCUCCACCGCAAAGCGUUCCUGGAUUUUCGUGCAUGGAAGGGACAUCGGACGGUGCAGAAAAGGUUAGUGGUUCGAGCUUACGAUUAAACUCGUUCAAAAGGAUUCUCACUGGGGAAAGAUCAUCAUCAAGAAGAGUUCAUUCUCGUGAUGAAGACGACGUCGUUAUAGAAGAUUUAGAGAGACAAUGAUUAAUUUUUUACUCUUUCGUUUUUCAAAUAAAGCAUAUUUAAUUUUUG